AUGGGGAGCGCGGCUUACGCGAAGCUGUAUGACAAAAUCCAUCCAGAGAAGAAGCCAUGCGACCUCACCUUCGACGAAAUCAUCAAGCAAGUAAAUCAAAUCUACGAACCAGAAGAAAAUCUCUUCGGAUCAAGAAUAGCCUUCCGGAAGCUCGUGCAAGCUCAGGGUGAAUCGUUGGCAGAGUUCGAGGCGCGUUUGCGCAAGUCAUGCACAGAUUGUGCGUGGAGGGAUGCAGAGCUCCAAUUCAAUCUCAUGGAGCAGUUCAUCGCUGGCUUGAUCAACAAGCAAAUGAAACAGGCUGUCCUCAUGAAAAGUGACAAGUUCACAAAGUUUUCAGAGCUUUUCGAUUUCGCUAUGAGCGUCGAGAUGGCUCGUAAAACUGUCUCCGUUUCAGAACCUGUUUCGUCAAGUGGCUAUUCGGUGAAUUUCGUCAAGGAUCGAUCGGCGAAGUCACACAAAAGACCUUUCCUCAAACCGAAAGCAAAUUUCAGAGGGAAACAGCCUGCUUGUUAUCGCUGCGGAGACAAAUCGCACCUGGCUCCUGCCUGCAGACACAAGUCAACUACCUGUGCUACCUGUGGGAAGAGUGGUCAUAUACAACAGGUUUGUCGAUCAGGUCAGAAGCACAAUUUCAUUCAGCUGGAAGAACUACCGUUUCAUUUCGUGGAAAGCGACGAUCCAAUUCGAGUGACCGUGCUCAUCAACAAUCAUCCUGUUCGAAUGGAGAUCGAUUCAGGCAGUGGAAUUUCCACAAUGCCUCUCCAAGAAUUCCAGAGGAUACUUCCUGGGUAUCAACGUUUCGAGACCGACAUAUGUUUGAGGACUGCAACCGGUGAAUCGUUCACCCCGCACUCAUAUGCCAUGGUUGAAGUCAAGCUCAAUAAUAUUUCCUCCUGCCUACGACUAUAUCUUUUCGACCAACCUAAAUUCCCAACACUGUUUGGCAGGCAAUGGCUCCGAAAAUUCCCUCUCGAUUUCAACAAGCUCAUGGCUAAAGAUGUUCUCCAACUACAAGCAUCUAGCUCGUCGGUCACCGACUGUUACAAAACUCGUGCAAAAGAGCUACUCAAGAAGUAUAAGAAUCUACUGAAAGACGGUAUCGGGUGUAUUCCCAACUCUGAGGCAAAACUCGAGUUGACAACAGAAAAACCUCAUCCUGUCUACAUGCGUGCGCGCCCAGUCGCGCAUUCGCUCAUUAAGAUGACAGACGGGGAAUUGGACUAUUUGGAAAAGAACGACGUCAUUCAGAAAAUCGACUGUUCGGACUGGUCUCACCCGAUAGUCAUAGUUCCGCGUGCUCAGGGCAAGAAAGUCAGGAUAUGUGGGGAUUUCAAAGUGGGAAUCAACAAAUACAUCCGAGUUGAUGACCAUCCCCUUAAGAAUAUCCGCCAUGCGCUGGAUAAUAUCGGUAAUGGACUGCGAUUCACCAAGCUCGACAUCUCGAGUGCUUUCCUACAUUUGCCUGUGCGUGUGUCCGAUAGGAAAUACCUUGUCGUAAACACCCACCGCGGCCUGUACCAAUUUAAUCGGAUGUCAAACGGCCUGUCGAAUGCAUCGGCAAUAUGGCAAAGAUUCAUCGAGGGAAUCCUGGCAGGCAUUGACGGUGUCGAAUGUGUUAUCGAUGAUAUAAUUAUCACGGCAGCUUCGGACGCUGAACACCUCCGCAGACUCGAGGAAGUUUUCGCGCGGUUGGAUCGGCAUGACAUUCGUCUGAAUGCUGACAAAUGCGUUUUCUUUGAGGAUACGGUGACAUACUGUGGAUUUCGGCUGAAGCACCAAGAAAUCUUCAAAUGCGAAGACAAAGUCGAAGCCAUCCGAAAAGCACCAACGCCAACGAAUGUGUCUGAGGUUAGAUCUUUCAUCGGCAUGAUUCAGUUUUAUGCGGCAUUUGCGCCAAAACUAGCAGAUCUGGCACAUCCUCUCUACGCUCUCUUGAAAAACGAUGUCAAGUUCGUAUGGGACGAAACCGCGGAUCGAGCAUUUCAACAAAUCAAAUCGGAACUGUGUUCCCCGAACGUUCUCACUCCUUUCGAUCCUGAUAAGCCAUUACUGCUGGCAACAGACGCCAGCCCUUACGGCAUUUCUGCGGUCUUGUCGCACAAAUUUCCUGACAACUCUGAGCGUCCGAUCGCUUACUAUUCGAGAAGUCUCACACCGACCGAGAGGAAAUACUCUCAAAUUGACAAAGAGGCGCUUGGGAUACGAUGUGGCGUGGAAAAAUUUUUCUACUACAUUUUCGGGCGAAGAUUCAAACUCAUAACGGACUCGAAGCCACUCGUCCAAAUUUUUUCACCGCACAAAGCACUCCCACCGUUAUCGGCAUCACGGAUGCAACACUACUCAAUAUACCUGAUGAACUUCAAUUUCGACAUCGUUUACCGAUCCACGCACGACCACGGUAAUGCAGAUGCUCUCUCAAGAUUACCCCUCAAAAGCGAACAGCUCCAAGAGAUGAACGCGAUCGACGUUUUCCUAGUUCGACAAUUACAGGAUCUCCCGCUCAAUCUAGUGGAUAUUGUCCGCGAAACAAAAAAAUCUCUUGAGCUAAAACCCCUACUGGAUUUUCUGCAUGGAUCUGGAAGAAGAAAUGAAAUGACCAAAUUCUUCGGCAUCGAUCUUAUCGAGUUUAGUCUUCUCGAUCAAUCGGUGAUUCUACGAGGUCACAGAAUCGUCAUUCCAGAAUCCUGUCGGAAAAGAGUUCUCUGUGAGCUGCAUGAAGGCCAUUACGGUAUUCUCAAGAUGAAGUGUCUCGCCAGGCAGCAUGUCUGGUGGCCCAGCCUGGACAAGGACAUCGAAGAGCUGGCAUCUGGAUGCAUAGCGUGUCUCACUCACGCACGAAACCCUCCAAAGAUGAUCCACAACUGGGAACAAACCUCGUACUGUUUCCAGCGAAUUCACCUGGACUACGCAGGCCCUAUCGGCAACAAAUAUAUCCUGCUCUUGGUUGAUGCGCAUUCCAAGUGGUUGGAAGCGUUCGUCACAAAUGACAAGACCAGUGCAACUACGCUCAAACAUCUGAGGGAGACAAUUGCUCGUUUUGGUAUUCCGUCAAUUAUGGUAACUGACAAUGAUCCAACUUUUGUUUCUCAUCAGAUGAAGACGUUUUGUGCUGCGAAUGGCAUCACUCACAAAACGAGUCCUGCAUUCCACCCGGCCUCAAACGGUCAGGUCGAACGUUACGUGGCGACUACGAAGACAGCUUUAAAGAAACUCUCAUCCGAGGGAGGAGACCUGCAGGAGAACCUAACCAGAUUCCUCUAUAGACAACACAUGGUCAUCAGUUCUACUGGGGGAUCACCGUCGUCACUCAUGCUCGGUCGAGAGCUACGCUCGAGGUUGGACCUCCUUCGAGAAAAACCUCACGCUGUAUCAGCCGAAGUCUACGACGACAAGAACGCCAAGUUCAAGCCUGCUGAGCUCGUCAUGGUCAAAGACUUCAGAGGUCGGAAACCCACAUGGAUACCUGGAAAAGUUGAACGUCUUCUAGGCAAAACCAUGUGCUCAAUAAGAUCUGUGCCGGCGAAUUACGACAUGUGA